AUGGUAAAACUUCUACAUUCAAUAAAAGCUCACAAUGACAAAGUAUGGAGUGUAUCCUCGUAUCCUACUUUGCCACUACUAGCUACAGCAUCAACAGAUAAAUCGACAAAAAUAUAUAGAUUAUCCACGAAAUCAAAAUUUUCACAAAUAGCAGAUCUUGAGGAUACACACAAACGAUCUAUACGAUCAGUUUCAUUCAAACCUCCAAUUGGUGGUGUAGAUUACAAAAGCAAUAUAUUGGACUUACCUGCAUUGGCAAGUGGAUCUUUUGAUUCAACAAUUUCAAUCUGGGGUAUAGAUGAACCUGAUGAAAAUUAUGAUAUAGAAGAAGUUGUGCAAAAUCAAAAAGAUGCACUUGCUAAUCCUUCCAAUGAAUGGAAUUUAAUGGCAAUAAUCGAGGGACAUGAAAACGAAAUAAAAGCUGUUGAUUGGAAUUUCAGUGGGAGAUAUUUAGCUAGUUGUUCAAGAGAUAAAACGGUAUGGAUCUGGGAAACUGAUCCUGAGACCUUGGAAGAAUUUGAAUGUGUUUCUGUUUUGAAUGAUCAUUCACAGGAUGUGAAAAAUGUAACUUGGCAUCCAACUACUAAUUUAUUAGCAAGUUCUUCAUAUGACGACACAAUAAGAAUAUAUAAACAAGAAUUUGAUGACGAUGAUUGGUCUUGUAUUGGAAUAUUAGAUGCUCAUGAAGGAACGAUAUGGUGUUCCAAAUUUGAAUAUCCGAAAAGUCCAAAUGCAAUAAAAGGUAAAACAAGAUUGGUUUCAGUUAGUGAUGAUUUAACAGCUAGAAUAUGGUUCUCCAAAGAUGAAAUGGAAAAUAACAAAGAUUCAACAGAACUGAAUUUACCAAGUUCGAUACGAUAUACGUCAGAAGUAGUAUGGGAACAAGAAUGUAUAUUGCCGAAAGCUCACGAAUUACCUAUAUAUUCUGUUGCUUGGUCCUCAAUAACCGGUAAGAUCGUAACUGCUGGAUCGGAUGGUAAAAUUGUUGUAUAUAAUGAAGAGAGCGAAGGAAAAUGGAUAAUAGAGAGUGUAACGGAACUAGCUCAUGGAGUUCAUGAAAUUAAUUGUGUCAUAUGGUCAAUACUAGAUGACGGUAAAGAAGUGAUAAUAUCGGGAGGUGAUGAUGGGUGUGUCAACGUAUGGGAUCCAGAACAAUUAAAGUAA